AUGUCUCCCACUCAUGCGAGAGACUCCGUCGUCGCUCGAAUACAGGUACACUCGGCACAGAUUCCGAAGGCGUGGAUCUCUCCCAUCUGCGGAGCUGGCGCUGGUUUCGCUUCGGGCAUCGUUACUUGCCCUUUAGAUGUGAUAAAGACCAAACUACAAGCCCAGGGUGGCUUUGCAGCCAGGUCACCCAAAAAUCCAUACACAAAAUCUUCCCAUCUUUACAAGGGCGUUAUCGGAACUGGUCGAGUGAUCUGGCAGGAGGAGGGCAUCCGGGGGAUGUAUAGAGGCCUAGGUCCCAUGCUGUUAGGCUAUCUACCCACAUGGGCGGUCUACUUGACAGUUUAUGAAAACACGAGAGAAUUCUGGUACGACACUUGUGGCAGUUGGUGGGUUGCUCGAUGUUACGCAUCCUUGACCGCUGGCGCGUGCUCUACCGUUUUGACCAACCCAAUAUGGGUCAUCAAAACCCGUUUGAUGUCGCAAAGCAGCAGGUCCGCUAGUGAUGGGAUGCGUGCCCCUUGGCAUUAUACUUCCACCUUGGAUGCAGCGCGGAAAAUGUACCAUGCCGAGGGCCUGCAGUCGUUUUAUUCGGGUCUGACUCCAGCACUUCUUGGACUGACACACGUUGCCGUUCAAUUCCCACUGUAUGAGUACUUCAAAAUGAAGUUUACUGGCUAUGGUAUGGGUGAGCAUCCACCGCAAGACAGUGGCGCAAAUUGGGUGGGCAUUUCGGCCGCUACUUUCUUCAGCAAGAUCUGUGCUAGUACUGCGACAUAUCCCCACGAAGUACUACGAACGCGAUUACAGACCCAACAGAAAAGGGGUCUAUCUUCAAGUGAUGGUCUCCAAGUUAAAGCACGGUACACUGGUAUCUUGCACAUGUCCCGGGUCAUCUUACACGAGGAAGGAUGGCGGGCUUUCUAUGCGGGCAUUGGUACCAAUCUCAUCCGUGCCGUUCCGGCUGCAAUGACUACUAUGCUCACGUACGAGUGGUUACAAAAGACCAUUCGCCACUCUCAAGAAGUCGGAGAGGAAUUGGCAAAAUCCUCCGACAAAUAUCCUGGAUGA